CAGUACCAGGAGCAGACGGGAUCGGGUGCUUGGGCCCUGGUUAUGAAUAAAAUAGAGGUGAAGACUUGGGUUCUCUGGACCCAGACGCACUGGGAAUUCGUUCCCGAAUGCCUGUUUAUCCCCUGUAGGUUGUCUGGGAAUUGACUUGUUCUGUGUGCAUCAGUUCUAUAAAGUGGAGCCUAGGGGCAGCUUUCCUCCGUGAGGUGGUGAGGGAUCCUGCUCUCUCCCAGGCCACUGGACAUGUGCAAGGGCCCCCCACCGGGUCCAGAUGACACUCAUGUCGAUGGCUUCAGUGAUGGCGGUGACUGAACCAAAAUGGGUCUCAGUCUGGGGCCGCUUCCUGUGGGUGAUACUGCUGAGCAUGGUGCUGGGCUCCCUGCUGGCCCUGCUGCUGCCACUGGGGGCCAUGGAGGAGCAGUGUCUGGCUGUGCUCAAAGGCUUCUACCUGCUCAGGAGCAGGUUGGACAGGGCCCAGCCUGCCAUCACCAAGUGCACCAGCCCAUCCACGGAGCUCAGUGUCACCUCCAGGGAUGCAGCACCGCUGGUGGUCAAGACCAAGGCCUCUCCAGCCAGCAAGUUAGAAGCCAAAGCAGCUUUGAACCAAGCCCUGGAAAUGAAACGCCAGGGCAAGCGGGAGAAAGCCCACAAGCUCUUCCUGCACGCCCUCAACAUGGACCCGGGCUUCGUGGACGCGCUCAAUGAGUUCGGCAUCUUCUCAGAAGAGGACAGGGACAUCAUCCGGGCUGACUACCUGUACACCAGAGCACUGACCAUCGCACCCCACCACAAGAAGGCGCUGGUCAACCGCGACCGCACGCUGCCGCUGGUGGAGGAGAUCGACCAGCGGUACUUCAGCAUCAUCGACAGCAAAGUGAAGAAGGUCAUGUCCAUCCCCAAGGGCAACUCAGCACUGCGCCGGGUCAUGGAGGAGACGUACUACCACCACAUCUACCACACAGUGGCCAUCGAGGGCAACACUCUCACCCUCUCAGAGAUCAGGCACAUCCUGGAGACCCGCUACGCAGUGCCGGGGAAGAGCCUGGAGGAGCAGAAUGAGGUCAUCGGCAUGCACGCGGCCAUGAAGUACGUCAACACGACGCUGCUCUCCCGCAUCGGCUCCGUCAGCAUCGGCGACGUGCUGGAGAUCCACCGGCGGGUGCUGGGGUACGUGGAUCCCGUGGAAGCCGGCCGCUUUCGCACGACCCAGGUCCUGGUGGGCCACCACGUCCCGCCCCACCCUCAGGAGGUGGAGAAGCAGAUGCAGGAGUUCAUACAGUGGCUCAACUCGGAGGACGCCAUGAACCUGCACCCGGUGGAGUUUGCGGCCCUGGCCCACUAUAAACUCGUCUACAUCCACCCCUUCAUCGACGGCAACGGCAGGACCUCGCGCCUGCUCAUGAACCUCAUCCUCAUGCAGGCGGGCUACCCGCCCAUCACCAUCCGCAAGGAGCAGAGGUCCGAGUACUACCAUGUGCUGGAGGUGGCCAAUGAGGGCGACGUGAGGCCGUUCAUCCGCUUCAUUGCCAAGUGCACGGAGACCACCCUGGACACCCUGCUCUUUGCCACCACGGAGUACCCUGUGGCACUGCCAGAGGCCCGGCCCAACCACUCGAGGUUCAAGGAGACGCUGCCUGUGAAGCCCUAACGCUCUCAACCCUCCCCCUUGGUGGCAAAGGAUGUCCCGG